UGUCCGUCCGAUCGUGUCUAUAGUAACGUCAAAUACAACACGAUGUUAAGAUUUAUAUGUGGCUUAAUAUUAUUCUUAUAUGCUGAAGGAACUUCUAUAAAAGGGCUAUAUUGUAAAGAUCCAGAUACGGGCAAAUUAUAUGCAGUGAAUUCGACGUGGCAGUCAGAAACAUUUUGUGGGAACUACACCUGUAAACUUAGAAAGAAGAAUAUAACUCAAACAGAAUAUACACCUAUUAAAAGAAUAAAUUUAACAGCGGAUACAUUAAAGAAACAUCAAAUAUUCGAUGAUAUGACUCUUAGUCCCAGUCAGAAAUCAGUGAAAACUGUAAAGAAUGAUGAUAAUUUACAACCAGUGUUUCAUAAAGAUUUAAUGAGUAAAGUUAAUGAAUUAAAUAUUGAAAGUAACAGCGAUGAAGAUAAUAAUGACAGAUAUUUGACGGAAAAAGAAAUAAAAAAAAUUACUGAAUUACUACAUACUGUUAAGAAAAGCGACCUAGAAGCAAUCGUAGAAAUAUACAGCCUAGCACAGGAUAUAUAUAAAGAAAUAAACUCGACGACAGAGAAACCUUUUGAAACAUCUCACAAUAGUAAUGAAGAUAAAAAAGAACAUGUCAUGAAAAUAUUAAAACCUAAUUCACAAGAAACCGUCUCGUAUUGGUAUGAACCACUACAUCAUCACAAUGCUAAAACUAAAACAGCAGACUCUAAGGUCGAAGAGACUUAUCCAUCUCCAGUUUUACGUUCUUAUCCACAUCCAUCAUCGUACUUCAAAAACCCUGGAGCUGACAAAGAUUUCGGGAAGUUGCCCUAUUACUAUCCUCUAUCAAAUUUUCAAAGAAUGUCAUCCUACCUACAUAACAGAUUCCCUUUUGCAAUCAAUUCUCCAGCACCUCCAUGUAAUAGACAAUCUCAAAACACAAUUCCACAAACGUUAUUUACUCAACCAAUUCCUCAAAAGAAGAUUUACCCUGAAUCAAUAAGGCAUCGAGAAUUGCUACCGAUGCAACCUGCACUUCUUCCUUAUCCAUUUUCCUACGUAAAUCACUACAAUUUCAGUUCUUACCCAGGAAACUUCUAUUACAAUAAUUAUCCAUGGGCCCAAUUAAACAGCUUUAAGAGAUAUAAUAAGAAUCCUCAAAAUUUAAACUACGGAACAUUUGUACCUCAAAUAUCAAAACCAGAAGAAGUUGUCAAGAGUGUUGAAUCAGAAGACAAAAAUGAAGAUGCCGUAAAAAUUAUGCAGGAUAAUUAUGAAUCAACUGAAAAUGACGGAAAGAAAAAUUUGCCAGAAUGGCAAACAGAUGAGCUAUCAAAAAACAUAUUGGAGGAAGUAAAAGCUAAUAUAUUAGAGAAAACGAAAUUACUUAAGCCUCUGUCCUUAAGAAAAAAUAUUAAAAUAGAAAAGGUUGGCAAAGUCAUCAAGCUUGACGAGCUAUCGAGAUCUAAAAGAGAUAAAGUCUGGGGAAAAAAAGUAAUUGAUGAUAAAGAAAAUAUCCAAUUUGAAGCCUAUAUCGAAAGAAAAACGUGCGAGUCGAAUUUCGAGCCUGGAUUUUUUAGCGUCGGUAACCAAUCUCAGCCGUAUCCCGCUUGCUGUCCGAAAAAGAUAUCAGUUGAUGUGAAUUAUUAGAUCUUGGAUAUGAAAAUAUUGUAAUGUUUGAUGUAAGUCUAUACCAGGGCCCUAGUAGGUAUCCUUCAUUCAUUUUAUAAGGCUUUAGGUUAUAGUAUUUUAACCAUCAAUCCAACAUUCUAUCCAUGAAAACACAUUAGUUUGACUAUAGUUUCUUUUAUCUUCUCAUAGAUUAAAAAAAUCUAAAAUUUAUUACAUAAAUACGUUAUAAUAUUAAAAUAAGAUAUAACCACACAAUACUUCUAUAUUGAUUUUAGUCCCUUUACAUAAGAAUGAGAAAAUUAAUUAAGAAUAAUAUCUUCCUUCUAUAUGAAAAUGAUAAUUCCAGAAUGAGACGAGUGUUGAUUUACUAGGAUUCGAUUUAUCAUACAAAAUUCACUAUAAUUUAUGACAUUUAAAUUUAAAGUAACUGAAUUCUUCUAAGUCUACACAAAUUAAAAAUGUAUCAAGUUCACUAAUAAGAAAGGACAUUUGUUAAAAACACAUUAGUCAAUCCGUGCAUCCCAUUUAAAGGAUCCCAUAGAUAGUCCCUAAUUUUAAAUUACAAAAAAAAAAACAAUAAAUCUUAAGUUUGCCCCCACAUGGAGUCACUACGAGGAUGUAUUGAAAAUUCCUUCUUAUGUCCACAGCGACAAGAAUUAUAGAUGCACCAUGUUUAUUACUUUUUAAUUUCGACUUUUGUGUACGAAUGAAUUAUACCCUUGGAAUUAAUAAGCCAUGUUAUCUUUGAGUUUAUUUAACAGUUUGGUGUUAGGGAAUUUCUCUUUUUGAUUUGAUCUUCAAGUGAGAGACAUUCUUCAUAUUAAUUUUAAAGUUAUAAUUCAUAUUAUGUGCUUAUGCUUUUCCAACUUAAGACUUUAUAUUUUUAGAAAAAUAUAUCUCAACAUAGAAAGAAAAUUAUAUAUAUGUAUAUUAAAUAGUGAAGUAACAACCAAUUCACCCGAUCAAUUUCAUAGCAAAACUCACCCAAUUCCGGUAUAGAGAUCAUUCCAGCUAAUGGACUGUGACCGUAAUGUCAUUAUAAAAAAACCUCACUUGAGUUCGGGUUCACUUAAAAAAACAUUUACCCUUCGUAGCUGUGACUUAUUGUAAACCGUUAGAGUGAGAUGCAAAUAUAAGUUUGUCAAAAUGGAAAAAGGAUGCAAGUAGCACCCGAAAUAUGUAAAUUAAGUUAGUCCCUUAAUGUCGGACAUUAUUUUUUUAUCACCGUCCAAAUAAAGAUAUGUCUGUUUGAGAGCAAUGUUAUCUUGGAGUAAGUUAUAAAGUUUUGGUUUUGCGUUCUUCCAUCUUCAUUUUAUUAUCCCUUCGUAGUUCGUACUUUUCUUCUUCAUUUUGUAGCGUUGAAAUCUUAAAUGUUGCGCCUAUUUAGUUUAAGAAACUA